UUUUUUUCAUCAAACCAAAUCAUGACUAAAGACUCAAAAUCUUGGAGACCUUUUACAGCUAAUUGUUGUUCAGCUGAUGAUCAAACAAUAUUUGGUAAUUUUAGUAGGUGCAAAACCUCGAAAUCCAAUUUUUCGAAGAAUAAUAUAGGUCCAUUACCAUCGUUUCGUAGGUUAUCAUUUUCGGAUUUGAGCAGAUCCUCGUCAACUCGAAUUAACGAGGAUCUUGCUCAAACAUUUGGACCUGACUUGUUUGAUUUCCAGGUGAGCGAAUUACGCGCGAUAACGCAGAAUUUUUCGACUAAUUAUUUGCUCGGAGAAGGUGGAUUUGGGACGGUACAUAAAGGGUAUGUUGAUGAGAAUUUGAGGAGUAGUUUGAAAUCUCAAGCUGUUGCUGUGAAGCUUCUUAAUAUUGAAGGACUUCAAGGUCAUAGGGAAUGGCUGGCGGAAGUAAUAUUUCUAGGGCAGCUAAGGCACAAAAACUUGGUAAGAUUGAUUGGUUAUUGUUGCGAGGAUGAAGAGCGCCUUCUUGUUUAUGAAUUCAUGCCUAAAGGCAGUCUUGAGAAUCAUCUCUUUAAAAGGUUAUCGAUGUCAUUGCCAUGGGGUACAAGAUUGAAGAUAGCAAUAGGAGCAGCCAAAGGCCUUGCUUUCUUGCAUGGAGCUGAAAAACCAGUGAUUUAUCGUGACUUCAAAACCUCCAACAUAUUGCUUGAUUCUGACUUUACUGCAAAAUUAUCAGAUUUUGGGCUUGCACAUAUGGGCCCAGAAGGAUCAAACACUCAUGUUACUACUAGAGUAAUGGGCACUUAUGGAUAUGCAGCCCCUGAAUAUGUUAACACAGGACAUCUUACAACGAGAAGUGACAUAUAUAGCUUUGGAGUAGUUUUACUAGAGCUACUAACAGGAAGAAGAGCAAUGGACAAAACAAGGCCCAAAAAUGAACAAAACUUGGUGGAUUGGACCAGGCCUUACUUGUCAAGUAGUAGAAGAUUGCGUUGUAUAAUGGACCCAAGAUUUGGUGGACAAUAUUCAGUUAAAGGUGCAAAAGAAAUGGCCCAUUUAGCUUCACUAUGCACAAGUUUGAACCCAAAAGAUAGGCCCAAAAUGCCAGCCAUUAUUGAAACAUUAGAAGCCAUUCAACCAUUAAGAGACAUGGCUGUGGCUUGUGGACAAUGGCCACCUUCACCAAAAUCAAGCAAUAAGUAUGUUGUUUAUGCACCAAAAGGAAACAAGGAUAGCAAAAUUGUGGUGAUUAAGAAUCCAAGGAUGGGUGUCAAUAGUAAGAGCAAGUAAAUGUAUGUAUGUAUGAUGAAAGAUUGUGCUUGAAAUAAUUAUAUAAUAUCUAUAUCUAUAAUUAUAUAUAUAUAUAUAUAUAUAUGAAUAUUGUAUUUAAAGUAUGGAGUUAAGGUGAGAUCUAAAUGUUUGUAGAUAAAUGAAAGUUACCACCAUAAGGUUUUAUGUAACAUUAUAACUUCCUUUUAGCAAUGUGAUAGUUUUGGAGGCAUUUUGAUGCACUCAUUUCUAUUUUUUA